AAUUAAAGCUCCUUCCCAGCACAAAAAUUUUUUUAAAGGACACGAAAUGCAGAUUUCGGUUAUGAAAUUUUUAUCGUGGCGUAAUGCUUUUUAAGUUAAAGAGCAGACAUCUCACGAUCUUCUCCUCUUCACCUAAUUUAAGACGAGAGAAGUCUGAUUUUUCGUCACAGGAGGGCGCCAGCGAGUGGCUUUAUAAACCUCCACCCCUUCUCCCAUUGGAGCAGUCAUUCCUAUGUGUGGCGUUGUCUGAGAAAGGAUGUACAGGAAUCAGUCCAACCAGGAAUCAGCCUGGGUGAAGCACGGUGGAGUGUGAGAGGCCCAAAACUCAGUGAAGGCACGCUGUGGGUGGAGCCUGCCAGCAUAUAACCGGGUCACACUACAAAGAGAGAAUGAAGCCUCCUCAACUCGUCAAGCUUCCACCCCUGGAAAGAGUGAGUGUGGUCGUGAUGUGAACGCCACACAACGGAGCGCAGCAGUGGUGUCAGACAGUCGGUUGGAACGUGCCAUGACGGGUGCCACGCCGUGUCAUGGAUGUACGUGGACACCGUCCGUGGAUUACGAGCCUCCCUGUGGAUUAAUCGGGUGUCGUUGUGGAUAGAACCAGUGUGGAUUAAGCGGCCAGCAUGGUGGUGGUGAUCGUCUCCAGAUUGUUGUUGCUGUGGUGGUGUUGGUGGUUACGGUGUACGCCAUGUGCGGGCCGACCCGUGCAGUACGUAGCGCCGGAAGACUGCAGCUGGGAAACAGUCGGAGAUUCUAUAUCCGACGUGGCUCUAACGUGUGGUCUGAGGACCAUCAACGGAGCAUUCGACAGCACCAACUUCAGCCUGAUUCAACCCGAGCAUACGGUGAGUCUGACAGUUAGAUGUGACGAUCUAUUGUUUGCUAGCACAUUAGGUAACAAUUCGUUUCAUCACUUACGCGAACUACGCUCCUUAUCAAUAGUGAGUUGUAAACUUCAAGAGAUCCCGUCCGCUGCUUUCAGCGGUCUAGGAGAACUCAGGAACUUGUCAGUCAGGACGGAAAAUAGCGAGUGGGGCGAAAUGUCACUCCGUCUGCACCCAGAUAGUCUUUCAAUCCUAAAUAAAUUAGAAAGAUUAGAUUUAAGUAGGAAUAAUAUGGCCUCGCUGCCCACCUCUUUCGUCUGUCGACUGCCACAUUUAGAUUACUUCAAUUUGACUCAUAACGACUUCACCGAUGUGACCAGCUUGGGUUUUACGGGGCAAUGUCGUGCCAACCUCAGACAGCUCGACAUGUCUAACGGAAAACUCAAGCUGUUGACCGACGGGGGAUUCGUCAUCUUCACUAAACUUCAAAUACUCAACUUGGGUCGGAAUCGCAUCGCUCGUGCAGAAGAGACGAGCCUAACCGGCCUAGAAAAUCUCCGCUAUUUAGAUAUGUCCAGCAACCAGUUGGUGGCUCUUCCACCCAUGUUCUUCCGUAGCACCGAACAACUAACGGAACUCUAUCUACAAAAUAAUUCGAUAAGCGUAUUGCCACCCGGAUUGUUUUCAGGCCUGCAACAAAUGGUCACGUUAGAUAUAAGCCAUAAUUCCAUCACCAGUCAGUGGCUAGGACCCGAUAUUUUCGCAGAUAUGAUCCGGUUAGUGGUGCUAGAUCUAAGUUAUAAUAAAUUAACCACAAUUGGUCCUUCCACUUUUCGAUCCCAGUAUAGUUUACAGAUCCUUCAGUUGCAUCACAACCACAUAGAGAAUGUGGCCGACAAUGCCUUCGCUUCUUUAUACAAUCUGCAUACACUCGUUUUGAGCCACAACAGAAUGGUUCAUAUCGAUGUCCUAACUUUUAAUGGCCUCUACGUAGUCAGUACCCUGACCCUCGAUCACAAUCAUAUAGAAACUAUUCAUGCGGAUGCAUUGAGAAAUAGCACCAACUUGCAAGAACUUAACGUUGCUUCCAAUAGGAUGAAAACUGUGCCACAAGCUAUACAAUCUCUGCAACUUUUAAGAAGUUUAGACGUGGGCGAAAAUCUCCUGGCUAACAUACACAAUGCCACUUAUCAAGGCCUAAGACAUCUUUACAGUCUCAGGUUAGCAGGCAACAGAAUAGGCAACCUAACCAAAGGUAUAUUUCGUGAUCUACCGUCCCUAAGAAUAUUAAGUUUGGCAAGAAACAGAAUCCAAGCCAUAGAGCAAGGAACUUUUGAUGAUGUUCCAGAUCUUCACGCUCUUCGUCUCGACUCAAACUUUAUUGGAGACAUAAACGGCUUAUUCAGCAAUCUGCACGACCUUUUAAUGCUAAACAUCUCGGCCAACAGAAUAUCGUGGUUCGAUUAUGCCCUCAUCCCAAUAGGGCUGCAAUGGUUGGACGUACACGACAACCAAAUCGAAACUUUGGGCAAUUAUUUUGAAUUAGAAUCUGUGCUUAAGUUGAGGACUUUAGACUCUUCCUACAACAAAAUAGCAGAUAUCGAUGCUUCUUCAUUGCCAAACGGAAUCGAAAUAGUCUUCCUGAAUAACAAUCGAAUUCGAAACAUUCAACCCUUCACGUUUAUGGGCAAAGCUAAUCUGACCAGGGUCGAUUUAACAAAUAACAAUUUAGAAACACUGGAAAUGAACGCGUUCAGAUUGAGCGAAGUUGCUACACGACGUCCACUACCUGAAUUUUCGGUAGCACAGAAUCCUUACAAAUGCGACUGUAACAUGGAAUGGUUACAGAGGAUAGGUACCCUAGAUGAGUCCAGACAAUAUCCGAGGAUGGUGGACGUGGAAGACAUCAUAUGUCACAUGUCGUUUACGCGUCGAAGAGCACUGGUCCAACUAAUCAAAGCCCAAUCUUCGCAAUUUCUGUGCAAGUACAAGAGUCACUGCUUUGCCCUGUGCCACUGUUGCGAAUUCGAUGCCUGCGAUUGCGAAAUGGUCUGCCCAGAGAAUUGUACUUGUUAUUACGACCAGAGCUGGAACACAAAUAUUGUCGACUGCAGCAGCAGAAGUCAUCAGACCGUACCGAAACGUAUACCGAUGGACGUAACAGAAUUAUACUUGGACGGUAACGAGCUGCCAUCUCUCUCCAGUCACACGUUUAUCGGACGAAAGAACAUGAAAAUAUUGUAUCUAAAUAACAGUAACGUACAGGUAAUACACAACAGAACUUUUAACGGUCUGAAAGCAUUGCAAGUGCUGAACCUGGAGAAAAAUAAGAUUACGGUGCUUCACGGUUACGAAUUCGAGAGGUUGACGUAUCUGAGAGAACUCUACCUGUCUCACAAUCUCAUUGCCACUGUGACAAACAUCACUUUCGUACCUUUAAAAUCUCUCGAGAUCCUCUACCUUGAUCACAACCAUUUAAAAGAAUUCCAAGUGUGGCAAUUGGCCGUAAAUCCUCAGCUACACGAUGUGACUCUUUCGGAAAAUCCCUGGACGUGCGAGUGCCAAUUUGUUCAAGAUUUCGGCGACUAUAUCCAAGAUCGUGGGGAUAAUGUGCGAGAUUUAUACGACGUGACGUGUUCGUACAACGAAACCACCAAAUUCCCACUCCUCGAGUUCAACAUGACGGUGUGCACCAACCACACAUCCACCACCUAUCUUCAAAGCUUUCGAGUGGAAGAUUUCAUGUCUCUGUUGAUCGUGUGCUGUUCUCUCUUCUUAGCCUUUCUGUUCCUCUUCAUUUUGGUGUAUGUCUACCGCCGCGAACUGAGUGUCUGGUUGUAUACCCGCUACAAACUUCGCCUGUGCAGACAAGACAUCGUCCAGGGCGACGAAGACAAGCUCUUCGACGCCUUCGUGUCCUACAGCAAAAAGGACGAGGCAUUCAUCGCCCAAAUUCUAGCACCCGAAUUGGAAUGUGGCAACCCACCGUACAGACUGUGCCUUCACUAUCGCGACCUCCCAGUCGGUGGGUAUCUUUCGGACGCCAUAGCCGAAGCAAUGGAAAACAGCAGAAGGACUAUACUGGUCCUAUCCGAAAACUUUCUAAAAAGCGAGUGGUGCAGAUACGAAUUUAAGACUGCCCAUCACGAAGUGCUCAGCACUCGUAAACACUCACUCAUAGUGAUAGUCUUGGGGAGGAUCGCCUAUAGGGACCUCGAACCCGAUGUCAAAAUGUGGCUUAAGACCAGCGUGUUUCUGAGAUGGGGUGAGAAACUCUUCUGGGAGAAACUAAAGUACGAGAUGCCAGAGAUCAGACAUCGGAAAACGGAAAGGAAUAGGAACGACGUCACUGUAGCGGUGCACAUCUGAAUAUUAAAAUAAUAAGUAAAUAAAUAAAUAAAAACACCAACAACAAACAACAAAGGAUUUAAUUAUAUAAAUACUGCGUGUGUAAAGGAGAAAAUGGGGACGUAUCGGGGAAAUUAUCUAAGUCAACAAGUGUGCGUGCAUGAGUGCGUGUUUCGUAUAUAUAUAUAAAUAUAUAUAUAUAUAUAUAUAUAUAUCUCCAAUUGUGUUGUGUUCAUCCAAUCUCCGUGUAAAACUUCGGAUGCCUUUCGUGCGAAGAUCGUUGGAGAAGUGGCGUUUGUAUCCUUUGUACAUACCGGAAGUGACUCGAGUGAGAAAAUUUCCUAAAUUAUGUGUUAGAGGCAGCAGCAGAAGCAGCUUUGAAGACGUUUUGCUGUGAUGUUUUUUUUCUGUAACUAUGCAGUCUGCGGUGUCACCGUGUCCGAUCGCCUGUGUCCGUGUCUGUCUCCAGAUAGAAAAAAAAAAGGUAGGAGCAACGAAUGUUUUCAUGUCUGGUGAGAAAAAAAAAACUUAAAAAAAAUUGUAUAGAAUUAAAAGUGAAAUUAAGAGCAAUACCUUUUGCCGAAAAAAUAAUGUGUUUUUGGUGGUGAUUUCCUGUUAGACUUCAAAAAAAUAUGUAUUCGUGUUGACGAAGGUAUCACAUGUUGCGGUAGCAGCACACUUUAUACACGAAGCUGCACGUGAAUAUGUAUAUUUUUGUCCAAUGUAAAAAAAAAUGAUAAAGGUGCGAUGCCAACGGGAUUAUAUUAUGCAGUCGACAAUAUUUCUAAAGG